AUGCCCAGAUCAAAGGUCCAGAAGGAAUCGUGUACGCCGAAAGGUUCUUCAACAUUAAGAUUCAGAUACCCGAGGUACCCGUUUCAGCCUCUGAGUGUGACAUUUACGACGCCAAUUUACCACCCGAAUAUCGACAUUGGAGGCUGGAUUUGCCUCGACAUUCUCAAUCUUCCUCCGAAUGAGGCAUGGCAACCAUCAUUGAAUAUUUCAACUGUGCUUACAAGCAUUGGGUUGUUAUUGAGUGAACCCAAUCCGAAUGAUGGCCUUAUGUGUGAAGCGAGUAGGGAAUUCAAAUACAAUAGGCAAGCUUUCGACCAGAAAGCUCGAUCUAUGACUCAGAAAUAUGCCCAGGCUUCCGCUUCUGGGAGUGUUUGUGACUCUCAAUCUCAACCUCCAAGCAGCGCAAAUCCACUCACGGUGCUGCUGGAGGUAAAAGCUUCAAUCCAUGAGUCAAAACAUGAAGUAGAGGAGUCUUCUGUGAGUAGUAAUAAGAAGGUAAUUAGGGGUAGUAGGAAGCUGUCGCUGGAGUGUUCAGGCCAAAUCCAGAAAAAUGGAUGUUUGCGGGAAAGGAAAUGA